GUUGACUCUGCAAGUUCCUCACUAUUUCCUUUGAUAUAUCUCCCCUUUAUAUAAAUGAUGAUGAAGAUCUACCCUUGAAACAUUACAAUAUCGAAUCGAAUCGAUCGAUCUCUAUCGUACCGUAUCCCCUUAAUUAAAUACAAUAACGGAAAUGGAAAGCAGCAAUAUUAAUAUUGUUACAGCUUCAGAAAAGAUAGAGAGGAAAACACAAGAAAAGAUUAGAAGAAUCCAAAUGAAGUAUCUUACUUCUAAACUUUUUUCUCUCAUUCCUCCCCACCAUCACCAAUCUACUAAGGAGGUUUUGACAAAGCAAGACAAAAUUGAUGCUGCAAUUACUUACAUUAAGCAAUUAAAAGAAAGAAUAGAAGUAUUAGAGAGAAGGAAGGAAGAAGUGGUUGCACAAGAGACAUGUGAUGAUUCAAAGAAAUCCAUGCCUACAACAACUUGUAGUAUUAAAUCACCAAUGGUUGAAGUUAAAGAGUUGGAUUCAACUCUAGAGGUAAUUUUAGUGAGUGGUUUGCAAAAGAACUUCAUAUUGCAAGAGGUUAUAAAAAUCAUAGAGCAAGAAGGAGCACAAGUUGUUUCUGCUAAUUAUUCAACAAUUGACGAUACAAUUUAUUAUAUGAUCCACGCUCAGGUGAAAAUUGCUAGAUUAGGGAUUGAUGCAUCAAGGGUCCAUUUGAGAUUACAAAAGAUGGUUUGCUAAAUUUACUUAAUUAAUUACAAGCAAAGAUCAAUAAGGAGAUCACACUAAUACUUAUUCAAAUUGUUUAUGCCAAAGAACACAGAACAAACACAUACAAAUUAAAAAUUUUCAUUUGAGCCAUGUUGUGUUACUAGAGCCUAUAAUAUAAUUAAUUAUGUGAAUUGGAUAUAUGGCCUUUAAUGUAACAAA